AUGGGCAACCAGGCAAAGGCACCCCUCGGGGAUGAUGGUGAUGAUUCUGCUAGCUCUCCAAACAGUUCCGAGUGUACCCCUGCCUACGACCAUGCACCGAAUCCGGAUAAACAGUGGAUCCUCCGGGUGACACAACCGAUGGCCCCUAUCCAUCGCAAAUUCACUGAUCUGCUGAUGACAAAACGGCUGCAGACGCUCCAAUCGGUGGAUGUGGCGGUGGAACGAGUCUACCAGGAGCUGAAAGCCCUCGGAGAGCUGGACAACACCUACAUAAUCUACACCUCGGAUCACGGCUACCACCUCGGCCAAUUCGGACUUAUCAAAGGCAAAAGCUUCCCGUUCGAGUUCGACGUACGGGUACCGUUCCUGAUUCGUGGCCCCGGAAUUGAACCGGCCAGUGUGGUUGAUGAAAUCGUACUGAACGUCGACUUGGCUCCAACGUUCCUGGACAUCGGAGGGGUGGCACCGCCACCGCACAUGGAUGGACGCAGCUUCUUGCCGCUGAUCUUGAAUCGGCAUCGAAAUGUGGUCGAUAAGUGGCCCGAUACGUUCCUCAUCGAAAGUUCCGGCCGUCGAGAAACUCCGGAGCAGAUUCACGAACAGAAGAUGCGAGCUGCUGCGGCUAGGUAUUCGGCCCGCAUGAACGCCCUUCAGAACAUGUCUACACUGGCGGUGGUCACUUCGACGGUACCCUCACUUGAAAUUCUUACGGAGAGCGAAAAGAAGGAUGACAUCACGGUGGAUUUUGGGUCCCAUGAGCACGAGGACGAUGAUGAGGAUCAUGAAGCGGAUCAUGAUGAUGAUGAUCAUCACGGGGAUGAAUCGGACGUAGAACACGCCGACGGUAGACAGGAGCACGAAGAUUACGUCAUUGACCAUCAGGAGGCGCAACAUUUCAGUGUCAGUGAGGCCCAUCAGGACCCCCUGGACAACCACCUGCCGAUGACACCGUAUCGGUCGAAGAUGGAACGCUUGAACAGCGAAUGUUCGAACCCGCAGGUGCAACAGAACUGCGUCCCGGGUCAGAAGUGGCGCUGCGUGAACGAAGACGGUCGCUGGCGACGGCACAAGUGCAAGUUCCACCUGCAGCUACAAAACCACUUGGCCGAGAUCAACAAACUUUCUAGUCAGAACAAGCGCAACUGUGCUUGCUUCACCCCGGAUGGAUUGAUUUAUACCAAAAUCAAGUCGAAACGGGACUACAAACAUCACCUGCUGGGUUCGAUGAGAUCGACGGGUGGCCAUCACCAGCAUCGAGGUCGCCGACACAGAAGAGACGCUCCGAAUGAUUACCGGGAAAAUUUGCUGCUAGCUGACCCGGUGAUGAGUGGUUUGAUAGGGGUGGUGCGUUCGGUGGUGGAGUUGGAAGAGUCAUUAGAAUCUAGUCAAACUGGAGGACGAAGCAAGAGAGAGGCUACGUCGGGAGGCAAACAUCAAAUUGAGAAUGUCAUUCAUGAACUGCAGGUCACGCUUAAGGACAUUGAGGUCAACUUUGACAAGAACUCAGUUUUGAAAAGUCACAAUCAGUCAAGUGAGGCCGAGGGAUCAGAUACUGGUUCCAGGUGCUUCGUAACCGUAGUUGGAAAGGUAAACUGUUCUAACGUUAUCUACGACGAUGAGUCUAGUUGGAGACACAGCAGAGUCCAAGUCGACAUGUUGAUAAGAGUUCUGAAGAGUAAAAUCAAUGAUCUCAAAGAUAUUAAACGGUUUUUGAAGGUUAAUAAACCUUCCACCUACAAAGAGGGAGACGAAGAUCUUGAAGAAGAUGAAGAAGAGGAUAAUCAAAGUACAUCACUUGAACUGGAUUAUGAGAUGAAGGCAACAACCACUUCAACUACGACUACGACAGCUGUUCCAAUCUUUUUCCAAAACGGCUUCAACAGAAACAGAACAGGCUAUGGGAGACGUCCGAAACAAAACGGAUUAGGGUAUCGAAGACGGGUCAAGCAACCUCAACCGACUGAAGAAGAAGGUACACUCAUCGACAUGAGUUUGUUUGAAAACGAAGAAAGCACACAGGAGACCACAACCAAUCGAACUAGUCACAACCGGUCGAGGAACAAUGGUCACGGAAUGGCGAUCAACGGAAGACAUCGUAACAGAAACCGUUCAACAACUACUACUUCAACAACUACAACAACUGCUACGAGUUUGCCGGAAGAAACGUAUCCCGAUGAGUUCAGUCAUUUGUCGUCGGAACCGACGCUUCUCAAAGUUACAGAAAAGGUGUUAAGCGAAAUCCUCAGUUCUACGACAAUUUCUUCGGAAGGCUCAACUCAGAGUUCCCCUUCAGGAGAUACUUUCGACGGCUACACCGAUUAUAGCUCAUCUCACAAGUUUUUCAUCAGCUCUACGGAGUCUUCUGCUUCCGUUGAAGGUUCUUCACCAACCGACUCAGUCACUCAUUCUUCAGAACGGUUUGAAUCGGAGGAAGACUACCAUGUACAUCGUUCAGAGGAUGACACUUCAACUUCAACGACAACCACUUCAACAACAACAACAACAACAACAACCACAACGGCAGCAACGAGUACCAGUAAUGAUCCCUUCGUGGUUAACUCCAUAGCUCAAAACCAAAUACCGGUGAUAAAAAACGACGUUACCUUACCACCUGCCGAAUGCUACUGUGAACCGGAAGUCGAAAGCCCCAUUCCGGACGAGCGGGACCUGGCACGGGAAACCCGCCGGCGUCUCAAAGAAGAGCGGCAACGGAAGAAGGAACGUAAACGGCACCGGAAGGCGAAGCUCGAGAAGGAGUGCCUGUCGGAGCGGAUGAAUUGUUUCAGCCACGAUGCCAACCAUUGGCGGACAGCUCCGCUCUGGGACGACAAGCCGUUCUGUUUCUGCAUGAACGCCAACAACAAUACCUACUCGUGUCUGCGAACCAUCAACCAGACGCACAACUUCCUGUACUGCGAGUUUACCACCGGGCUGGUGACGUACUACAAUUUGAGGAUAGAUCCCUUUGAGACGCAAAACCGUGAAUCAUCCCUCACAGCCGAGGAAAAGUUGGUGCUUCACGAAACGCUCGAAUACAUGAAGAGUUGCCGUGGCAAGGGCUGCUCGUUACCACGCCAUCAUCAAGCAACGGCUUCUACAUCCCUGACGGAUAGCUCUAUGACGGCAGGUAACGGCCACGGGUUACUGGCAGGCUCUGCUGUUGCUGCCGCUGCUGCUGGAGGACGACAAACCGGUGGUGGUGCUCUAGUGGGACCCGGCGGGAACGGAAAUGGCAAAAGGAAACACCACCGGGAACAGGGAAGAGCAGCCGCCGGACAUUUUCAAGAUUUCGAUUUGCAAAAUGUCAACGGAACACCCAAAAAGAAAACUAAAUGGGGAAAACGGAAGCAACAGCUCUGGCUGCAAAAUCAACAGCGUGGUAACACCGCGCAGCAGCAACACCAGCAGCAGCAAAACUACCAUCAGCAGCCGUUUCGAGCCACUUCCGAUGCUGAUACGGCAGGGAUCCUAAACAUCGAUCAACAGUUUCCUAGUCAGAGUAAUGAAUUCGUUUCUGGUGGAUCGAACGGUGUCAAGAGAAAUCGUACCAGUCGAAGACCGAUUUGGAGGAGUACAAUCUAUACCGCCUAAAAGGUAUUCCUGAUACCGAUCGAUUCUGUAUCGCACACCCUAGCCAAUCAGAAUCGCUUUUAGUGGCGACAUUUUACCAAUUAAAAAAAAAUGUUUUCAUCACACUUGGUAAAGUUCAGUUAGUUUUAUUAAAGUAAUGUUAAAAUUUUGUACAGUAUUCGAGGGCAGUUUUCGGUUUAUUUUAAUUUUAUAAUCUGAAAAUGACUGAUGUAAAUGUUCGAUUAUUUAAAUCCUAAGUUUUGUGUAGUUGUUCAAUUGAGAGCUAGGUUUUUAAUUUAGAUCGUUUUUAAACCAAUUUUUCCGCCACCCUGUUACUACUACAAAUUCUUCCUCAAAGCUUGUCAGAAGCCUAUGGAAUCUUCCGAAACGUACUAAAAACCAACAAUGCAAUAAAGUUGUUUGCUAUAGAGAUUAGGACACUGCCAUUCCAAACUUGCUGUAACUGAUCGCGAGUAAGCGUAAAACAAACAAGAGUCACACACAAGAGAAAAAAAAAGAUGUCGAAUAAAAUAUGGAUUUUUCACUCCAUCGGAGGCUGUUAAAUGCCAAAAAUCUUGAGCAAAAAAACCCGCAUCAGUGUAUCGCUUUUCCCGAUUUUUGCAAGUUUGUUGCACAAAUUUAGCCGUACCCUGUAAACUAAAAAAACAUUUACGAACGUUGGAGUUCUAGCAAACCUUUACCCUAUGUUUGUGGUAGCCGACGUUAACAACAUAACUAUUUAUUAUAAUUAAACUUACCAGUUUUAAAAGAGACGUGACUCGUAGAUGAACGAGGUACAUUUUGAGAGAUCUGAAAAACCAAAACACAUAACAAUGCGACGAAACCAUUCUCUACGUUAUAGGCUGCGUUUGAGUAGUAUUGUUUUGCUCGUCCCAAAUAAAAAUGAGGGAAAAAAAGUUAGUGAAACACGUGUUUGGUUUAAAACUGAAGUUUGUAAUGUGGAAGUGAUUUAUCCAAGCACAGAAAACCAUAACAGAAACGAAAAAAGCGUUUGAAAUGUAUAUUACUACUUUAUAAUCACAAUAAUAAGGAAUUUUGGUACAGCCCAAAGCAUAUUAUUGAAUAUGAUCAUAAAAC